GACCGGCCUCGGCGUGCCAGCAUGGAUGUGGGCGAUAGAUUUCCAUAUCUGCGACGUUCGGAUCGUUCUUUUAUGGUCAGCUUGCUUUGAAUCCGGUAUUUUACAAUCUCCACAUACGAAGAAGGAAAGGUUUUCGUUUCUCAGGGAUACAGGAACAAUAUGUUAGGUGAACACGGCAGAUACAGGAAGGUGUAAAUAUUUAGCUGGAUAUCAUUUAACCGUAUUGCAAUAUCCAAGUGCCCCCUUGCGUUUUGUGGUUUUCAUGGGACCAGGUUCUGCUGCUCCCUAUGCCAUGUCGAUCCUAUGUUUGCUCGGUGCUUUCCUUUUGUCCUUGUGUUUGCAGUUCUGUGGUUACGGGUUUGUGGUUUCGAUGAAAAUGCAUGGUUCCUGGAUCUUCAACUACGAUUAUGCUUGGACAGGCGAGAUACCUUCGUGUUGCUCCGUACUGCGACUCUUUGCCUGGUUAGUUGUACUUACUCAGGGCCUAUGUUUCGUUGUGUCUGUUGUGUUCCAUUGUUCAAAUGUUCUUGUUCCGUCACUCCAUACUUUUUUGUUCCUUAUGCUCGUUACUCCCUCGUUUCACGGUUACGCUACCUAUUGUUUCCCGCACAGCCUCAUAAAUUUUUGCUUCGGCUUCUUCUAGUGUCAUACCCCCCAAGAAACAGAUCCACAUCUGAGGUCGGAUACGCAUUGGAAUGGUAGAACUUCCUCGUAGCACCCCUGGAUACGGUAGCAUACUCUGGUAAGGGUGUCAAGCAAGC